AAAAAUAUACAUAUUUUCUAAAUAAUAAAAUACAGGAUAAUGGAAAUGCAGAUGUUUUUCAUACUUUGGAUUUUUGUAAUGCCUUAUUUUACAGACUCAACUGCAGCUAAAGCCAGAAAUCUUGCUUUAUAUGGCAAGGCCACACAAUCAGACCUGGUCGAGAAUCCUUGGUCAGCAGAUGGCCAUGCCAGUAAUGCUAUUGAUGGCAAUCGUGACCCACAUUAUAAUCACGGAUCUUGUACUGCUACUACAUUGCAAGAAGAACCUUGGUGGAGGUUAGACUUACUAGACAAGUAUGUAGUGACCUCCAUAACUAUCACCAACCGCAAAGACUGCUGUCCUGAAAGGCUUGAUGGAGCUGAGAUACACAUUGGGGACUCUCUGCUGAACAACGGCAACAGCAAUCCACUGGCUGGAAAGAUUUCAUCCAUUCCAGGUGGGAGAUCCCUCACUUUCAAAUGGAAGAAAGGCAUUUCAGGCCGUUACAUCAAUGUGUUAUUACCUGGAUCUAAAGUUCUUACCCUCUGCGAGGUCGAGGUUUACGGUUAUCCAGCUCCUGAUGGUGAAAAUGUGGCUUUACAAGGGAGAGCUACACAGAGUUCCCUCCAUGGAAACGGCUUUGCAUUCAAUGUUGUUGAUGGGAACAAAGAUGGUGUUUACGGUCAUGGAUCCUGUUCCCACACCGAAAAAGCUCUCAAUCCUUGGUGGAGACUGGACCUGCUGAAAAGCCACAAAGUGUUUUCAGUAGUAAUUACAAACACAGCAGACAGUGUUCCUGAAAGACUGAAUGGGGCAGAAAUCAGAAUUGGAAGCAGCCUGGACCAAAAUGGCAAUAACAAUCCCAGGUGUGCUGUGAUCUCUUCCAUUCCUGCUGGUUUUUCCUCCACCUUUGAAUGUGAUGGGAUGGAAGGACGUUACAUUAAUGUUGUUAUCCCAGGACGGGAAGAAUAUCUUACACUGUGUGAGGUUGAAGUGUACGGAUCACCACUGUAUUGAGAAGCACUUGCUUCUUUUUUAAAUGUAAGAUAGAAAAAAACACAUUGCAGAGCUCUCAUAAAGUUUUAAUGUAAUGAAUUCUAUUCCAUGAUACAAACAUGAGGGUGUAAAGAUAGAGAAGAAUUCUGCGUAGAAAUACUAAGGCCCAGACUGACCCCUAGUGGAGUGUGGACCUGUAGAAAAUGCCCCUUAUAACCAAAACCAAGAGAUGAUUAAUGUUCUCACCUGAUAAACUUUGAUGCUCCACUGAUGAACUGAAACUCAUAUAAUGCUAUGGAUAUAUUCUCUGCAUUCAGUGUUUUAAUCUACUAUUUCACCAGACUCUCCAUGUUCUGCUCUUUUUCUAAACAUAAAAAAAUAAAGAGUGUUUGUUUGUUAAGAUAUGACAAAGGGCAGCAGCUAGAAUUUUGUUAUUCUAGCGCUAAUCAUAUUGACUCUAAAAGCCAUUCUAUUAUUAUGUUAUUUAGCUUCAUUAAAACUCUGAAUUUCUCAAAA